GAGCGGCAUGGAGACAGACAGAGGUAAAGCAAGGAGACGACACACUCCAACCGGCAACCAUGACAACGGAGACAAGCGCGAGGCAAGUCCCCCGUACCCUCACGGCACCAUUAACGGGGAUAUGAACCUUGACAGACAUCUGGGAAGAUUGUAAGACACCUUCAAACAAGCCAAAGAAGCUUUCUCCGCAUGAAUGGAAUAAUUGGACUGAUUUGAUAUCUUUUGACACCCCUAGUUUUUCAGGGUGCUCGAUUUCCCCCCCUUUUCAUCUGUAGAGAUGUGGGGUUGAACAUCGGGCUCUCCUGCAAGGGUGGGCUGAAUAAAGCAAACAGCUGGAAGCACACGCUGGAGAUCUUUCGCUGUGACCUGUCGAUGUAGCGCCUGAGGUGGGCUUAAUUCCCCUCAGUGGUCGCUCUCUGGAGCGAGCAGGUGCGCAGCUAGAGGACUUGAGAACGCAAUGAUCUUGAAAUUCGCUGGUGAUGCUCGGGAGACAAAACAUGUGAUGCAGAUGACGACAGCUUGCUUUGGACUUGUGUCAGCCUGUGUCGGCACGUCUUUAUGAAACCCAUGGCUCAGCUGUACUACAAGAGGGCCGAUAACUCGCCGUACCGCGACCGCAUCCCACUGCAGAUCGUCCGGGCCGAGUUUGAACUUUCAGCAAAGGAACGUGCUUACCUGACAGCGGUGGAGAAGGGUGACUAUGCAGGAGUUAAACAGGCCCUCGAGGGGGCCGAUAUCUAUUACAACAUCAACAUCAACUGCCUGGACCCGCUGGGCCGUAGCGCUCUGCUCAUUGCUAUCGAGAAUGAAAACCUGGAGGUGAUGGAACUUCUUUUGAGCCAUGACAUGUACAUGGGUGACGCGCUUCUCUACGCCAUCCGCAAGGAGGUGGUGGGAGCUGUGGAGUUACUGCUAUCCUACAGGAAGCAAACGUGCGAGAAACAGGUUCCUUCUCUCUUGAUGGACACGCAGUUUUCCGAGUUUACACCCGAUAUUACGCCGAUCAUGUUGGCCGCCCACACCAACAACUACGAGAUAAUCAAGCUCUUGGUCCAACGCAAGGUCACUAUCCCACGACCGCACCAGAUCCGCUGUGACUGCGUCGAGUGCGUGUCCAGCUCAGAAGUGGACAGCCUGAGGCAUUCCCGCUCGCGUUUGAACAUCUACAAGACCCUGGCCAGCCCCUCUCUCAUCGCCCUGUCCAGCGAGGACCCCAUCCUCACGGCCUUCAGGCUGGGCUGGGAGCUGAAGGAGCUCAGUAAGGUAGAGAACGAGUUUCGUCAGGAGUACGACGAGCUCUCGCAACAGUGUAAACUUUUUGCUAAGGACCUGUUGGAUCAGGCGCGAAGUUCUCGUGAGCUGGAGACCAUCCUGAACCACAGCGAUCACCACAGCGAUGAGCUGGACCCACGCGAGUGCAGAGACCUGGCCAAACUCAAACUAGCCAUCAAGUACCACCAGAAAGAGUUUGUGGCUCAGCCCAACUGUCAGCAGCUGUUGGCCACACUGUGGUACGAUGGUUUCCCCGGCUGGAGACGACGUCACUGGGCAGUUAAGCUUGUCACCUGUUUCAUCAUCGGCCUCCUCUUCCCUGCCUUCUCCCUCGUAUACCUCCUGGCUCCGAAGAGCACGCUGGGUCUCUUCAUCAAGAAACCUUUCAUCAAGUUCAUCUGCCACACCGCUUCCUACCUGACUUUCCUCUUCCUCCUCCUCCUCGCCUCACAGCAUAUCGUGCAAACCGAUCUGCAUGUACAGGGCCCUCCACCAACCAUUGUAGAGUGGAUGAUUCUACCCUGGGUUCUGGGUUUCAUCUGGGCAGAGAUUAAGGAGAUGUGGGAUGGAGGUUUCACCGAGUACAUCCAUGACUGGUGGAAUCUGAUGGAUUUUGCCAUGAACUCUCUCUAUCUGGCCACUAUUUCCCUUAAAUUGGUGGCCUACUUUAAGUACAACAGUUCUCGUCCUCGUGUGGAUUGGGAGAUGUGGCACCCGACCCUCAUCGCCGAGGCUCUCUUCGCCAUCGCCAACAUCUUCAGCUCUCUGCGUCUCAUCUCGCUCUUCACCGCCAACUCUCAUCUGGGUCCUCUGCAGAUCUCUCUCGGCCGGAUGCUGCUGGAUAUCCUUAAGUUCCUCUUCAUCUACUGCCUGGUGCUGCUGGCCUUCGCCAACGGCCUCAACCAGCUUUACUUUUAUUACGAAACGCAAGCGGCCGACGAGCCCAACAACUGUAAAGGGAUCCGCUGUCAGAGGCAGAACAACGCCUUCUCCACGCUGUUUGAGACCCUUCAGUCUCUCUUCUGGUCUGUGUUUGGGUUGUUGAAUCUGUACGUUACCAAUGUGAAGGCUCGGCAUGAGUUCACAGAGUUUGUAGGUGCCACAAUGUUCGGCACCUAUAACGUCAUCUCACUGGUGGUGCUGCUGAACAUGCUCAUCGCCAUGAUGAACAACUCCUAUCAGCUCAUCGCUGAUCACGCAGACAUCGAGUGGAAGUUUGCUCGCACCAAGCUGUGGAUGAGCUACUUCGAUGAAGGAGGAACGUUACCCCCACCCUUCAACAUCAUACCCAGCCCAAAGUCCGUGUGGUACCUGUUUGUGUGGCUGCACUCACGACUGUGUGGACACGGAGAGUCCAGACACGAGGAUGGGUGCAAACGUGAGAACUUCAGAGAGUUUACGGAAAGGCAUGCAGAUAAACUCAUUCAGAACCAGCACUACCAGGAGGUAAUCAGAAACUUGGUAAAGAGAUAUGUUGCAGCCAUGAUCCGCAGCGCCAAAACAGAUGAAGGUCUGACAGAAGAGAACUUUAAGGAACUGAAGCAGGACAUCUCCAGCUUCCGUUAUGAGGUUCUUGACCUGCUGGGCAACCGUAAACCUAAUCACCGCACUUACUCCUCCAGCAGUGAGGCCACUCAAGAUGAACCAGCCGAGACAGAUGAACACAAAGAAGAGGACGCCAGUAAAGAUGCAGAUAACAGAUGCGAAAAUUGGGGAAGGUCCUGUCGAUCCAAAGCAUCAACCUCCUUCACCCAAUCUCACAGAAGAAGCAAAGAGUCUCAGUUCAGCGUAUCUUCACUCUUCAAGUCCAUGUCAGGCUUGGAGUGGAGAGCUAAGGCCAGACCUGAAAGCAACGGUUUGGGAAAGGACAUUCCGCCUUCGUUCGUCCACACCAGCAACCUCCUGCAUCGGUGUUCACGUUCCAAGAAAAGCUCACUGCGACGUUUGGGAACGUUGAUGACGCGUAUGAACGGACACAUGCCGCAGCAGUCUGCGUACAGCAUCUCUGACAGGGUACCGCAAGCGGACUGGCACGGCCCCCCGAUGCUGUCCGAGUUAACAAGGAGCGAACUGCAUCUGCACGUGCUGGGACUGAGAUCAACAGAGACCGAACAGAACCUGUCCACUUCUCGACAGGUUAACGGCAAGGACCGUCUUCUCCUCGGGACUAACUCGCCAACCCCCCUGCACUGUGCUUCCAGUCUGCCCGCUUCCAGCACUGACAUGUGCCGGGGCUGGAUGGGACCCUGUGACAGUUUGGGUUCCUCAAGCUGGGACCAAGAGGAGUCUGUUACAACCCAGCUGUAGAGGUGCAACGGCAAGUACUGUCGGCAGAUUCA